UCCCAAAUUCGCCAGCGGACGAUGACAAAGAUCCACCCAAACACCUCCGUGCGAUCCGCAGAGCUGCCGUGCCUACCUGAAGCUUUCUCCGACGUCGGCCGGAGUAGUUGCGACGGUGGCAGCACUGGCAGCGUAGUGCUGACGGUGUGGCGGAAGUCGCUCGUGUUGAGCUGCAGCGGGUUCACGGUCUUCGACGCGAACGGCGACUUGGUCUUCCGAGUCGACAGCUACGGGUCGGGGCGCCCCGGAGAGCUCGUCCUCAUGGACGCCGCCGGAAAUCCGCUGCUCACCCUCCGGCGAAAGAAGCUGAGCCUGAGCCUCGCCGACACGUGGCAGAUAUACAACGGGGAGGAGGCCGUCGGGCCGCAGCUGGCGGCUGUGAAGCAGCACGUGAGCCUGCGGCACUCAAAGGUGCUCGCGCACGUGAGCGCGGGGGGCGGCGGCGGGUACGUGGUGGAGGGGUCGUACGGGCGGCGGAGCUGCAGCCUCUACGACGAGCGGCGGCGGCCCCUGGCGGACGUCCGGCGGAAGGAGGCGGUCGGCGGAGUGGAGUUCGGCGGCGAGGUGUUCCGACUCGUCGUGCACUCGCCGGCGGACCACGACGCCCGCCUCGCCAUGGCCGUCGUCAUCGUGCUCGACCAAAUGUUUGAAUCAAGAUCUUAAUUCACAACUUUAUAAUGAAAUUUAUUUUUUUUUAUUUAAUUUAGAAGGUGUUUAGAAGGCAAAGCAAGGCGAUUAGUUGUAGAUAAAUUGAUUCAUAAUUUUUCAAUAAAAUUUUGGAAUAAAAUCUU